GAGUACGGUGGCCGAGUCCCCCGUUGCCCCCGAGCGCCCCUUGCUCACCGGGUCGUGGAGCCUGCGGGGUCCCCAGCGUCAGUCGCCUGCGGGCCGCGCGCGGCGUUGGGGACGGGACGGAGGACGCGGGAACGGUCACGCGCCGACCCUGCGGGCUCGGGGUGUCUGUGCCCCCGGGGCGUCGGCCUCGCCGUGCGGGGCCCCCGACCUCGUGAGGCGACGAGGUCCCCGCAGGAGCGCGCGCUCGGUGGAGGGGACGGCGUGUGCGGAGGCUCGGGGAUGGCAUCUGAGUCAGAGCGAUGUCCUCUGGGUGUGUUUGAGUGCCAGCUCUGUGCCUUGACAGCUCCAUACAGCUACAUGGGCCAGAAGCCCCCGGAUACCCAAUCCAUUGUCCUCCUGGAGGAAAGCUAUAUCAUGAAGGAUCCCUUCACCUCGGACAAGGGCAGAUUCCUGGUCCUCGGCUCAAGAUGCAGUUUAUGUAGCAGGCUGGUGUGCGUGGGCCCGGAAUGCAGUCUAUUCUACUCCAAGAGGUUUUGCCUUCCUUGUGUCCAGGAGAACAUCAGUGCUUUUCCUCAGGAGAUUCGGCAAGACUUGGAGAAAAGGAAGGCUCCACCAAAGAGGCCCUCCAGCCAGCCGGGUUAUCGGACAUGAGCACAGCUGGUACCAGGUCAGGGGCAGGAGCCUGCAUGAAGUUCCCAGGCCAGCCUGGGCCAGGGGUGCCAUCAAGCUGGGAGCCGCCAUGCACAGCCUUGUUUCUGCACCAUUGGGAGCAGCAUCUGCAGCCCUAGGAGCUGGGGUCCAGCUUGCAGCAGCAACAGGGUCUGGGGAGCAAUGCUGUAAGCACUCCAAAAGGCAGACGCCAGAGCAGACAUACAGUGAGGUUGACCUGGGAGCUCCAGAGCCCCCUCAGGGCUGCGACCAAGUGAGAGGAAGCCCUCCUUCAGUGGACAGUUCACUAGGAGGCCCCCAUGGAAGCACGGGUAUGCUGGGGCUGCAGAGCACGGGACCCAGACUGGCAGGUGUGUAGGGGGAUUGGAGGGGGAUAGAAUUUGUACGUUGCAUCCUUGUGUGAUGCUUACAAAAUGUUGCUUUAAAUCUUGACCAUGUAUCAUGUUUGCAAUCAAAAAGCCAAAGAACCAGCCAGUGUUUGAAAAGUAAUCUUUCCACUGGGACACUUGGAAACCUGGCAGUGGUUGGGGUUUCCUGGGAGCUGAGCACCACUUCCUGCCUUUUCAGUUCCUCAGGCUCAGCUCCAGCUCAGGCCAGUCCUGAGCUGUCUCCCUGCCCCCCAGUCAGGAAUGCCACCAUUAUGUUGCUGGCCUGCCCUCUCCCCGCCCCCAGGAGCUGCUGCCCUCUGCACUGAUCCAUGAGCUCGCCGCCGAGUGUCUGCCUAGCAUUCUUAGAAGCAGGGACUGCUCUGUCUUCGUAAUUACUGCAAGGCCAACUGUCAUGUUUCAUGAAAGAGUGAAUAAAGAGAAU